UGCGUUUUUAAGUUUUACGAUUAUAUGUGACACAAUCGAGUGCGGCAAAUGCUCUAAUUUAAAUUUAAAGGUUAAGUAGUUAUUAUUUUAAUGUGAUCUUAAGUCAGUGAAAUAUAUAAAAAAGAAACAAUGCAAAAGAAACAAAUCGCCUGUGGUUUACAGGCUUGUAACUACUCAGAUUUAGAAGAAACCGUUCGUGAAAUACAAAAGUUAAGUUAUAGUUUUUUGGUUGUACCAUUAGUUCAUCCUCGUUACAAACGGCAAUUAAUAGGUGGAAAAUGUUCAGAUCGGCGAGGCCCCUUAACUCGAUCAGAUAUGAUUUUGCCAACAACCGAAUGGACAAAAACUAUCGUUGGCACAAUAUCAACACAUAUAAAUGUUGAUUCGGAAAUUGCAAGUAUAAGAAAAAACAGUGAAGCAAUAUUAAAACAAGAACUAACAUUAUCUUCUCAUCUGGGAUUGCAUAUUGUUAUAGUGAAAGUAAAAUCUAUUAGGUGCACAAAUCUUGGCCGAUUACUAUAUAGCAAUGUUGCAAAAUGCCCAUCGGGUAUAAUUUGGGCUCAAUUACCGCUAACCUAUAAUGAACCACCGCAUAGAUCUGAUCUUCCACCGCCAACAAUAGAAGAUGAUCCAUGGGAAUGGUGGCAUCGUUUACGAACUGCCAGUAAUUAUCGAAAACAAAUAGCACUAGCAUUAGAAUUGUCAAAAGCCAUUCCAUCAGAAGCAGAAGUUGAACGGUGGCUUGGUGAACCAGUUCAAUGUUUAAUUGUUCCUACCUCAAUAUUUUUAACAAAUCAACACGGGUAUCCUGUAUUAGCUAGAGCUAUGCAACAGAUUGUAAGGAAAUUUUUAGCAUUAGAUGUGCAGUUUAUUAUUACUGGAAAAUCGCGCCACAAAGAUAUUCAGUUGUACUUAUCUUAUAUGAUUCAUUUGGGUGAUAUGGGACCUUUGGUCAGUAAAUAUGCGGGAUAUGAAGAUUUCUUACAAUUUCCAUUACAACCAUUAGCGGAUAAUUUGGAGGCGCAAGUUUAUGAAGUGUUUGAGAAAGAUCCGAUUAAAUAUAAACAAUAUCAACUAGCAAUACAAAAGGCAUUAGAAGAUCGAGUUCAUGAAAAUAAAAGAUCAGAAACUACGCAAACUGUAAUGGUUUUAGGGGCGGGUAGAGGUCCUCUAGUUCAAGCAGCAAUCAAUGCAGGAAAAUUAACGGGAAUAAAUUUGAACGUCUAUGCAGUUGAAAAAAAUCCACAUGCUGUUAACACAUUGCAUGCGUUAAAUGCCGAAUUGUGGAAUAAUCAAGUAAAAAUUAUAGAAACAGAUAUGAGAUAUUUUAAUCCAGAUCACAAAGCUGAUAUAUUAGUAUCAGAAUUAUUGGGAUCAUUUGGCGACAACGAAUUAUCACCGGAAUGUUUAGAUGGUGCUCAACAUGUUUUAAAAGAUGAUGGGAUUUCGAUACCGUGUGCAUAUACCUCAUAUUUAGCUCCACUUCAUAGUCCGAAAAUGUUAACAGAAAUUCGAGCUGCUCAACCAUCGGAUAAAACUUUGUUGUAUUGUUUUGAAACAUUGUAUGUUGUUCAUUUAGUUAAUCAAUAUCAGAUUGCGCCUGCACAGGCAUGUUGGACAUUUCGUCAUCCAAAUCAAGAUAAACCAAUCGACAAUAAACGUGAAGUUACAUUGCGAUUUCAAGCUCAACAAAAUUGUAUUUUAACGGGUUUUGUUGGAUAUUUCGAUACUGAAUUAUAUAAAGGUAUAAUGUUAAGUACAGAACCACGAACGUAUUCAGAAGGGAUGAUUAGUUGGUUUCCAAUAUUCUUUCCAUUGCAAGAAGUAAUUAAUAUUCGUGGUGGUGAUAAUAUUGAAGUUAGUUUAUGGCGUUGUGUUACCGAUCGAAAUGUUUGGUAUGAAUGGUGCGUUAACAAACCAUUUCCUAGUGUUGUUAAUAAUGUUAAUGGUCGCUCAUAUACAAUUGCACUGUGAUUAUUAUUUUAAAUUUCAUUAAAAAUAA